AGAUAAUAUUGUGUUGAGUGGUCUAUAUAAGUGAGAAAAUAUAUUCACAAUUUCUGUAACAAAAAAAAAAAAACAGGGCAAUAUGAACCAAACAGAGGAAUCCAAAUUAUCCAAGCCACAUGCAGUAUGCAUUCCAUUUCCAGCACAAGGUCAUAUUAACCCUAUGCUCAAAUUAGCCAAACUCCUCCAUAUCCGAGGCUUUCAUAUCACCUUUGUUAACACAGAUUUCAAUCACCGUCGAUUGCUCAAAUCCCGGGGUCUCAAUUCCCUCGUUAGCCUACCUUCCUUUCGUUUCGAGUCCAUCCCUGAUGGACUCCCUCCCUCUAACGAGGAUGCCACACAAGACGUUCCUUCUUUGUGUGAGGCAUGUAAGAAGUCGUGUUUGGCCCCUUUCAGAGACCUCGUCACCACACUAAAUCAUAAUUCCAAUUUCCCUUCUAUUUCUUGCAUAGUCUCUGAUGCUGCCAUGAGCUUCACUCAACAAGUUUCUGAGGAAUUAGGUGUUCCUAAUGUUGGCUUUUGGACUGCUAGCGGUUGUUCCUUGUGGGCUUUCACACAAUAUCCAAAGCUUGUGGAACAAGGUUAUGCUCCACUUAAAGAUGAAAGUUAUUUAGACACGAUUAUAGAUUGGAUACCGGGCAUGGAAGGCAUCCGUCUAAAACACUUGCCAAGCUUCAUCAGAGCCACAGUUGAUGAACCAAGCUAUAUUAUAAUCAAAUAUAUAGUGGAAGAAAUCAUGGACAAAAUUCCCAAAUUCUCUGCACUCAUUUUGAACACAUUCGACAUGCUAGAGAGUGAUGUUUUGCAACAAAUUGCAACAAAGUUCCCUGUAGUUAAUUAUACUAUUGGACCCUUGCAUCGCUUUGUGUUGAAUAAUACAACUCAAGACGAAGACUUGAAAUCAAUCGGUUCUAAUCUAUGGAAAGAAGAAACUCACUGUCUUGAAUGGCUGGACACGAAGAAACCAAAUUCUGUUGUUUAUGUGAAUUUUGGAAGUGUUACAGUGAUGAGCAAUGAACAGUUAAUUGAAUUUGCGUGGGGACUUGCAAAUACUAAAAUGGAUUUCUUAUGGAUCGUUAGAUCCGAUUUAGUCAUGGGUGAUUCAGCCAUUUUGCCACAUGAAUUUCUCGCGGAGACUAAGGAAAGAGGUUUAUUAGUUGGUUGGUGUCCUCAAGAACAAGUUUUAAAUCAUCCGUCAAUUGGAGGAUUUUUAACACACAGUGGAUGGAAUUCGACUUUUGAGAGUAUAUCAUAUGGUGUGCCAAUGUUGUGUUGGCCUUUCUUUGCAGAUCAACAAACAAAUAGUUGGUUUAAUUGUAAUCGUUGGGGUAUCGGGAUGGAAAUUGAUAGCAAUGUGAAGAGGGAAGUGAUUGAGGAACUUGUAAGAGAGUUGAUGGUUGGAGAAAAGGGUAAAGAGAUGAAAGAAAAUGCAUUGAAGUGGAAAAAAUUAGCAGAAAAAAGCUAUAAAUUCUUCAGAUGGAUCAUCUUACAUGAAUUUUGACAAGUUGGUUAGCCAUGUACUAUUAGGAAAUUAAAGGGUCUUUCACCUUAAAUUUCUUACAUCAGAUUGACAAGAGGUUCAAAGAUUUAAGUUUUGUGAAUGUCAUGUUUCUCCAAGGUUGUAUUAUGUACUUGCAAUAAUUGAUGAAAAUAAACUUUCCAUU